AUGGCAAUGGGUGAACCAAGAUCCGUCUCGGCUCAUCAUCCUCGUGACAGGCGGUACGGAUUGCUCGACGACUCCCCAAGCGAGCGGGAAUUCGGCAUCCGCGCAGCAGUACGAAUCAUACGGCAUCAGCCAGAUCUCAUUCACACCGGGCACCUCGACCGUAACAUUGACAGGCUCGAACGCCCCUCUCGGCCAACUCCUCAACGGCCACUGGACCUCUCGGGCAGCUCAGCAGGCAUCGCUCAGACGGGCCUACAGCGACGGGUCGGCGACAGCGGCAACGUCAACCUCGCCGAGAAAGUCAACAUCCCCAACAUCUUCGACAAGAAAGUCGCCGGGCCCGUCAGCGUCUCCCUAGACGGAACCCUCAGCUCCCAAGGAAACCUCCAAUGGAGCGUCGAAGUCGACGGUCUCUCCCCCAGUGACGCUUCCGUCACGCUGCAAACAACCGGUGUAUCAUUCACCCUCACCCCUCAACUCUCCAUCUCCAGCGCCAUCGACGCCAUCCCCGCCGCCUCGAUCGACUUCCCCGAGAUCCCCCUCGGCAGCCCCUCCGGCCCCUUCGACACCAAAAUCGUCCUCUUCCUCAUCGUCGGCGCACAAGCAGAUCUAGGCCAAGUCAGCGCCGAGAUCGACGCAUCGAUUGACCUCACCCUCACUCUUACAGACGGAGACUUCACCCUCAAAGGUGGCGCGAGUCCCUCCCUCUCGGGCUUCUCGCCCAGCUUCACCGCAAACAACCCGGACAUCCAGGGCCAGGUGACGUUGCAAAGCACCAUAGGCCCCACGGUCGCUCUGGUCCUGCAAGCGAGCGUCUUCGGCGAGGGCGUCGAAGGUGGGAUCCAACUCGAAGGCCCCGAGGCAGGACUCACAUUCACAGCCGAAGCCGAUUCUUCAGGAGUCUGCGGCGGCGACCAAACCCUCGGCGUCGACCUGGACAUUGGAGUAGGGGUGCAAUUAGACGGGAUCUUCGCCUUUGGAAAUUUGGAGUCCGCGUCGACGUCUUCGCUUAAUAUCUAUUCAACCAGCGCGGCUGUCUUCUCAACAUGUAUCGCCGGAGGCCCAACUGUCGGGAGCGGCAGCACUACCUCCGCCGCCCCUCCCCCAGCAUCCAGCACAGCAGCAUCGAGCACGCCCGCCGAGCCCAGCGAAAGCUCCGCACCUCCUGGCGCCAACCCCAUCAAUGGAUUACCGCCAGCUGCAUCGACAGGGUUGAACCCGAUCAAUGGAUUGCCCCCGGCAGCACCGACUUCGUCCACAGCGAGUGCGGGCGUCAAUCCAGUCAAUGGGCUUCCACCGGCGGAUACGACUGGCUUGAACCCUGUGAAUGGGCUGCCGCCUGCGGCGCCGACGACGUUGUCGACGACGACUACGUUUGCUGUGAGUCUUGGUGCGAAUCCGAUUAAUGGAUUCCCCCCAGCGGGGAGGAGAUAG